AUGGAGGUGCCAUCUGUAGACAUAGUCUCAGAGAUUGCAGAAAAGGUCGUUUUGAAAUUCGAAGAAGUCGACUGCGAUAUUGUAGAUAUGGAAGAGAUCGCGGAUGGAGACGAAGUCGAAAGGGAAGUCGUCGAAAAAGUUGGGAUAGUACCCCCAUUAGAUGAUGAUAGUAAAGAUAUAGUACUUGAUAUUUCAGAAAUAGUAUCAGUGGAUGUAGAGUCCAAACUUGUGCUCGAAGUGAUGGAAACUGAAGAUUCUGACGGGGGUGUAGCCAUGGACGUAGACGACACGGAAGUAAUGUCGUUAGUCCCGGUGUUGUCUGAAGAAGAGUUCGGUGUGAUAGUCUCGGAAGAAGAGGAAGAAACAGUCUCGGUUGACAUGUUAGAUACCGCAGGGAGUGUCGAAGAAGAUACAACUGAGGGGUUGUACGUAGGAGAUGAGGUGAAGGAAAUUGUUGCUGUAGUGUCUGCGACAGAAGUGGGAGAGGGUUGUGAAAUUGUAGGUGACCCCGAUAAAGCAUUCCCCGUAGUUGUAGAAUUCAUAGAUGUCGAUGUCUCUGUUUGCGUUGACGUUGACGUUAUUGACGAAAGGCUUCCAGUAGAAGAACUCCCUGACUCGGAGGUUGUCGCCGGUGUGGUUGUUGGCGACAGAGAGUUCGAUGUGACAUUCUCCGAAGAGGAAGAGGAUGUAGUGUCCGCGGGUUCUGUCGGGAGAGAUGCACCUGUAAGAGUGGACGCCGUAUCUGUGACGGAGGUGGUAGAGGGAAAUGAUUCCGUACUGGUCACUGUCUGCGUUGGAAUGGCUGUUGUUAUUGACGAGAAAUUUCCGGUAGAAGGACUCCCUGGCUUGGAAGUUGUCGCUGACAUGGUCACCGACGGACGUCCCGAUGUGACUGUCUCUGCAGAAGAUGUACCGUCCGCAGGUUCUGUCGAAGAAGAUACACCAGGAGAAGUGGAUACAGGCGUGGUGGAUGUAUUUGUAUUAUCUGUGACGGAGAUGGGAGAGGGCUGUGAAAUUGAAGAUGUUGUAACUACGGUUGAGGUCGAUGGAGCAUUGCCAGUAGUGUCUGGAGAUGAGGUGGAUGAAGGAGUAAAAGGCCCCGUGGCGGAAGAACCAGUAGAAACAGAGGGUCCCGCGCCAGUACUCUCUAUCUCCGUCGCUGUGUUUAUCGGAAACGAACUAUCAGUAAAACUCCACGGCUCUGCUGACGAGAUAGUUGCAGUGCUCGUGCUAGAGCUUCCUUUGGUUGACUGCUCCAAGGUGCUACUAGGGGGGAGGGCCGAAGUCGGAUAUGUGGUGGUUUCGGUGCCAGGUAGAGAUUCUGAAGAGUUGCUGGUCGAUGAGGUAGUAGUAAUUGUGGCAGAGGAUGGACGGCUUUCCGUCGGGACAACACUGGAACUGGAUAUGAAGGGAGUUGUACUAGUUUCAAAUGUGUAUGCGGACGAGUGA